AUGAGACAACUAGCAGGCUCAUACAAGUUAGACGAAGCAUUACUUAAGCAGAUGUGGUCACAAAGGUUACCACAUAGCGUCAGACAAAUCCUCAGCAUAUCAGGAGCCUCUGUCAGUCUUGAUGAUUUAGCAGACAUGGCCGAUAAGAUGAUAGAAAUAUAUCCCGAUAGUUGCGGCGUUAACGCGAUACCAUCCUCAAGUAGAGAAAACAUGAGCGACGCACUCAACAUCCAACAACAAAUAACACAGUUAACACAGCAGCUAGCAUCACUGCAGGCGACUAUUUCCACCAUCCGUUCUCGACCUCCCAGAUCUACGUCCAGAAGGAGAUCAGUAUCCAGACAUCGCCUUAGGUCACCUAAGCGGGCAGCCGGAAUUUGUUGGUAUCAUUCGAAUUAUGGUGAGAAAGCACGUCGUUGCACAAAACCGUGCAACUUCACGACAAACAAGCCAGACCAUCAGGGAAACGAAGUGGCCAGACAGUAA